AUACACACGUGAAGAAUCAGCUCCCUGUGACAGACACUGCGCAUUUUAGAAAGUGGGGAAAAAAAACUCUUACGAGCUACACUGAUGAGAGUCAGCAAUCCAGCCAUUACUACAUGAGCUUUAUGCGAGAAUCUCCUGCCUCAGCUGCUUCUUCAGAAGAGGUGAACCCCUGCGGGACUUUUAAUACAACGGCCACAGACCGCACUGACAGACCUGCAGUUCCGCCUCGAUUGAGGAAGUUCCCCCUCACCUCCUCUGCCUCCUUGUGUGAGACCUCGCCUUUACAGGCCACAGACCGCACUGACAGACCUGCAGUUCCGCCUCGACUCAGGCAGUCCUCACUCCCCUGCUCCGCCUCCUUCUGUGAAACCUCUCCUUUACAGAAACCUCCACCGCCUUCAUUCAGCCCGCCAUCCCCACCUUUAAAAGGGAAAGCAUUGGAGUCCGUGUACUGUGAGAUACGGGAUCCUCCCUACCUGGAAAUACUGCCAGGGGAUGUAGAUAACAGGACCAAAGAGAGGCCAGCAGUACGCUACCAGAGUGACGGCUGCUCCCCUCCUCAACAGACCCCCGUGGAUAAAGAGGACAUCACUGGGAUGUUGAGAUGGUUGAUACGCGUGUCAAACUCUGAUUCCAUGGCUCCGUCAUUGUAUGGCCUCACUCUAGAGGAGGAAAUAAGAUCAUUUAAUCAGAGGGCGAUAAAUGUGAGGAAGGCUCUGCGUCUCUACAACCUUCUCAUGAUGAAGCGCAAUGAAAGCCUGCGGACCAUCAUUGGUGAGUUCAGCUCCAUCUCCGACAGCCUGGACAAGAUAAAGAAGACGGCCAAAACCAUGGGCAUUGCUGGAGGCACCACAGGUGCUGUUGGAGGGGUGACUGCAGUGUUGGGUGUCGUCUUCGCUCCGGUCACCUUUGGUACCUCGCUUAUUGCUACAGCUGUUGGUGCUGGUAUGGUGGCGUCCGCUGGGGGCAUGGGCGCCCACACUGUUAAAAUCAACAAGAAGAUAGUGAAUAAGAUGACUGUUGAGAAACUAGUAUAUGAAUAUAAGGGAAAUGUUGUAGAGCUGGAACAUUGUCUGGGGUUUAUCCUCUCUGGGAUGAAUGAGUUGCGAAGGCACGACAUUGCCAGGUUACAGAGGGCAGGAGCCCAGCCUGAUGCACUGAAGACGGCACAUCUGUCACAGUCAGUGUUUAACAUGAACAAUGAUAGGAAGACAUCCAAUGCACACACAGGCGGGAUGUCCUCGGAGAGGCUGCUCCAAGACUUUGUCAAGGAAAUGGAUCAGUAUUUUACAGAAAAAGAUGAUCAGAAGCUGAAGAAGUCAAACAGGAGCAGGUUUUCUGGUAGAGUUCGCCUGCUGGCAAAGAAUCUAGCAGAUGAGCUAGAUCAUCUGAAUCGUAUGUGGGAAGUGUUUAGUUGAAUCAAAGGUGUCUGUGUGUGUCUGUCUUGUAUUUUAAUAAACAUUGAAUAUUUGUUAAAACCUAAACAAAUU